AUGAAAUUAUUUGUCUUCUGUCCCUUCAUACUAUUGAAAUUCUCUUCCACAAUCAUAUGCCCAUAUACACCACAAUAUAGAUUGGAUUCAGUACCAAGAAGAUAUCCAAAGGAAUUUGAAGUUCAACUUUAUCAACCCUUUCAUAUUAAGCCUGAUGCAACUUUGUCAUCCAACUUAGAAUCUAUAAGUUUGAUAUCAACUGAAAAUUCUCCUCCAGUUCCUGAUAUUAAUAGGUUUAAGAGGCUUCUCAAUGUUAAAAAGAAGAUCCCAACAUGGUGGUUUCUAGACAUGGACUUGGAUGAAUUGGCAUCAAACUUGAGAAUCUCAUUCCCAUUUCUUCAAGAAAAAAUUAGGUCUGAUGCCUUCAUGAAAGGUAAACAGGUUGAAAAGACAAUUAACUAUGCAGUAGACAUACUUGAAAAUUACCGCUUGCAAUCAAAAGAAAGAAUAUGGGUGCUUGCUGUUUUGACUCAUCUUCAAGAGUAUCUACCCAAGGGUGAUUUGAGGCCAAUAGUAACAGAUAUGAGCAAGGGACCCAUAAGUAAUGCUGGCCUCCAGCUUCAUCUGACAAAGGGGUUAAAUCUUAUAGGAGCUAGUCAGGAGUUAUGGAACUCAAAGAAAGGCCCCACACUUUUGGAGAUUGAUUUGUCCCUGUCAGAGGCACUCUCAAAGUGGAAAAUCAUAAAAUGGCUCACAUGCCAAUUCAGGGCAGAUGAAGCCUCAAAAUCAUCCAAAUUCAUGGUUGAAACUCAUGAUCUUCUACUUCAGGAAAGCUGUCCAAUGGAAGAAGAAACAUUGAGAAAACUUUUGUUGAGGUGUUCACAAAAUUUAGAAGAACAAGAUACAAGCCCAUGGGACAAAGAACUUGCUUACAUAAUACUCCAUAAAUAUGAACAAAUCUAUCCUGUAGUCAGAGAUUUUGUAAGGUUUCAAAAAUCACAAAAUGAUUACUUCAAGAAGACAUAUGAAUACAAAGAACUACCAAAUCUCAUACUUCAGGCAAGGCAGGAUCUUGGGCCUUUUAAAAACCUGAUGAAACUUUUCCUUAAGGAAAAGAGUAUGAACAUGGAUAGUAUCAAACUUCUAAUUGAUUCUAUAUUGAGGACUAAACAAAAGUAUCAAAGAUGGGAAGAUACUGAAUCUAAACAGAUGGCUAAUCAGGAGGAUUCAGUCAUCCGCCUACUACAACACAUCUCCACCCACAUUGAUGGUGCCAAGUCAUACCUUGAAGAUCUAGUGGAUCAUCGCAGUGACUCUCAAAUGUAUACAUUCAAUACGCUUGAACUUUCCCCAACUGGCCAACCAUGUGUUAUUUGUCAACAAGACAUGCACAAGGAGGAGGCUCUUGUCAAGCUUCAUUCUGAGGUAGAUCAUCAACUUCACAUGGAUUGUUGGCAAGUAUAUGGUGAAGACCAGGAAAUGAGUGGGAGACUUUGUUACAUGGUUGGUAUUUGGACAAAAGUGGGUUGA